UCCGGGGCUUGGUUAUGGCGAGGCGUGAGGCUGUCCGUUUGUCUGUCUGAGCGAGUCCAGUGCCGGCCGGGGUCAGUCGGUCUGUUGUCAAAGUGACAGGAGCUCACCCAUGGGAGGGUGUGUGGGCACUCAGCAUGAUUCCUCGGGCAGUUUAAACGAGAAUUCAGACGGCACAGGGGUGGCUUUGGGUCGCAAUCAACCCCUGAAGAAAGAGAAGCCAAAAUGGAAAAGUGAUUAUCCAAUGACAGAUGGGCAGUUACGCAGUAAGAGAGAUGAGUUCUGGGACACAGCACCUGCUUUUGAAGGCCGAAAGGAGAUUUGGGAUGCCCUCAAAGCUGCAGCACAUGCUUUUGAAAGUAAUGAUCAUGAACUCGCCCAGGCAAUCAUUGAUGGUGCAAAUAUAACAUUGCCACACGGAGUGCUUACAGAAUGUUAUGAUGAACUGGGAAAUAGAUACCAACUUCCAGUGUACUGCCUUGCACCUCCAAUCAACAUGAUUGAAGAAAAAAGUGACUUAGAGACACUAGACAUCCCAGAGCCACCACCUAAUUCUGGACAGGAAUGUCAGCUCCGGUUGCGUCUCUCCACAGGCAAAGACCUGAAGCUGCUUGUCCGUAGCACAGAUACAGUUUAUCACAUGAAACGGCGUUUGCACACAACAGAGGGGGUAGAGCCCUCCAGCCAGAGAUGGUUCUUUUCUGGCCGACCACUAACAGAUAAAAUGAAAUUGGAAGAACUGAAAAUCCCCAAAGACUAUGUGGUGCAGGUCAUCAUCAGCCAACCUCUGCAGACACCUACCCCUGUGGAAAAUUGACUGAUCGUUUUUUGAAUCCCUUUAUUAGGCUAUUACUCCUUUCUACACGAGAACAUUUAUCUAAUGUCACCUAUGUGGUCCCAUCUGUGAUGAGGACUUCUAGAAUUUGUUCUUGUCGAUCAAUUUAAGUGUAGAGCACUUGGUAGAAUUUCUACCAAGAAAGCAACUCAGGAGAGGAUCCAGUUCAAAUCAAUCCUUCAUGGAUUGGUACUUUUACUGGUAGAAUUAGUUUCAUGCAUAUCUGGCCUAAACAGAUUACUUUCAAUAAAGGGGCAGUGUUAUGUUCUACUAAAACGUUCAGUAGAAUAAGAGUGGCCAGCAUUUUAUGCAUUAUCUUGUUGCAGUGCUGCAAUUUUCUGUUUUAAAUCAUGUGGCUAUUUUUAAAUAGAAAGUACUUAUUGUCAAUAUUAUAAACUAUCAUGGCAAUUGAAGGUUUUCCUUCAGGGAUAAUUUCAGUGAGACUGAAUCGAUAGAAGUUGUUCAGGGUGUUCAAAUAGAGUUAGCAAGCUAUUUUUUCUGUUACUACCAUAUGUAAAUUUGGGAAUCCUAUUCCUGACCUAAUGGCAUAUUAAUUUAUUGAAAAAUUAGGAAUAUACAAUAAUGCAUAAGUUUCUGCUCUACAAAAAUAAUCUAGCUUCUGUUUGCGUUGAAUUACUUGAUCUUGGAUGGGGGUAUCAUUUUGGGCAAUUAAAAAUUUUCCAUAAUACCUCCAUCUAAAGAGUGAUUAAAACCAUGAUUUUCUUACUGUUCAUUGUGGUUGACCGACACCUGCUAGCAGCUGCAUGUGUGGAUGCAGUUGAGACAGGAUUGGAUAUGACCAUGGUAUCCCAUAAGGUCAAAUAGUUUACUGACUAUCUUGUGGAAGAAUCAGGUAAGGCAUAAGAUAGUUUCCUAUGACUGUAAAACUACAUUCCAGUGUAAAUCAAUAUAUUCAGGAAAAUCAAGGAAGAAGAUUGUGUUUUUAAAAAAAAAAUCGCUUGAGAUACAUUAAAGAAAAAAAUUCAUUAGUUGUUUCCAUUUGAUCAGCUGAUCACAGCCAUGAAGCCAGUUAGCUAGUAUUUUGUUUUGAAAGCUAGUUAUUAUUUAGGAGCAUAACUCUUUAAACAUCGCAAUGACACCCGUGUAUGAAAAAGCGUUAACUAAUUUAUGCAAUAGUUUCAUUCUAUUUUACCAGGGCCACAAUCUGAAUGUUGCAAAUCUUUACAGUGACAAUGGUGUAAGAAAGAAGAAUAAAUUGAAAACCACGUUUUACUUUUUUUUGUAUUUGAUAGAAAACAAAACAAUUCUAUAACUUUCAACAUGUAAAGUCAAAUUAGCAAAUUCCUCAAACAUUAUUUAUCUCCAAUUUAACUCUUUCCCUGCAGACUGAUUUUAAGAGUAUUGGAUGACUGAUAUUUGAAAAUUUAAAAUUACAGGGCUAGUAUUCUAAAAACUGUCUGCCUUUGUUGGGACGAGUAUUCAUUUUAAAUUAGUGUUUAGUAAUUGUGCAGUUAUCUAAUUUUAGAAAAAGAAAUCUUACUUUUGAGCAGGCAUUAACAUUUGGAAAAGAGACUGAUUGAGUGCAUAUGCCUUAUGGCUGCUCUUGCUUAUGGAAGUGAUCCAGCAGUCGGAUAGAAAGUUAGAGUGAAGUAAACUAAGUUACAAAGGGUGAUCUUUUCCAGAUAUGUGCUUCUGUUAUGGAGUAUCAUCCAUCUGGUACACAUAUCAGGAAAACAUCUGUUCAGUGAGCUCAUUCUGAAUUUGAAACCUCAACUGAGAUAGUAAGGGACUGCCUAUCUGUUUGCAUCCAAUUUGCUUGUGUAUAAGAGAACUUGGUGAAUAAAUGUUCAAUCCCUUUUGUGUCCAUUUAUCACUAGUCUUGAGUUCCAUACUUUCAAUCAUGAAUUUGGUGUCACAUAAAUUGUUGAAGGAAGUUUUAUGCAUUAUAAUAAAAAGUACUAACUGAACCGCAAAAAUGUAUUAAAAUGAUAUAAAAUCCAUGUAUAACUGUAGAUUAAUUUUCUGUGCACCAACCUAAAUUAUAUUGGUACAUAUUUCGCUGUACCCAUUUCCAAGGUUGCUGGCUCUCUCCAUCAUUAAACUGGAUAGUGAUUUCUGGUAUCUGUACAUAAAUCAUUUCAUGUUGGAAUCUGCUAGUUGCUGUAACUGAUACUCUGCUGUUCUACAAACUGCAGGUUGUUGAAAUAUUUUGCUGAUGGGAUUUGGAGAGAUCACUGUGAGCUAUGGCUGAUCACGUCUUCUCAUAGCAAUAACAGAUGAAAAGUUGGAAGUUAUACAAUCGUGACUAACUCAGUUUUUUUUUUAAAGUUUAAUAGGUGGUCAUUGUCACUGCACAAACUUAUUACAAAUGCGAAGAAGUUUUAUGUUGCAGAGUUUUUAACUUCAUAAAAAAUGUUUAGUUAUUCUGUUUUAUUCUUUAUUACCUCUCCCAUAAUCACCAAAUGUAUUCUGAAUCUUUAUUUUGCUUCUCAUACAAUAACUCAAAUGUAACUUCCUUCCUGCAUCUUUAAUUCUUGACUGUAGUUUGUGUAUUUCUGAGGUUUCUUUGAUCUUACUGGUUGAAGAAUCUUUAUAUUGCUAGGUCACCUUACAGAUGGCAUUAGAUCCCUUAUUAGACUUAGUGUGGAAACAGGCCCUUCGGCCCAACAAGUCCACACCGACCCGCCGAAGCGAAACCCACCCAUACCCCUACAUUACCCCUUACCUAACACUACGGGCAAUUUAGCAUGGCCAAUUCACCUGACCCGCACAUCUUUGGACUGUGGGAGGAAACCGGAGCACCCGGAGGAAACCCACGCAGACACGGGGAGAACGUGCAAACUCCACACAGUCAGUCGCCUGAGUCGGGAAUUGAACCCGGGUCUUCAGGCGCUGUGAGGCAGCAGUGCUAACCACUGUGCCACCGUGCGGCUCAUUUUUUUUCAUGAGCACAAAAAUUACAAAUCUCCACUGACAAGUCAAUAAAUCUCUACGCAAACAUACAAAAGGAAUAUCAUAGAAUCCCUACAGUGUGAAGCAGGCCAUUUGGCCCUUUGUGUCCACACCUACCCUCCAAAGAGCACCCCACCUAGGCACACCCCCUUAUCCCUGUGGCUUUGCGUUUCCCGUAGCUAACUCACCUAGCCUGCACAUCCCUGGACACUAUAGGCAAUUUAGCAGGGCCAGUCCAGAUAACCUGCAUAUCUUUGGGCUGCGGAAGGAAACUGGAGCAUCUGUGGGAAACCCGUACAGACUCGGACAGAAUGUGCAAACUUCACACAGACAGUCACCUGGAAUCAAACCUGGAUCCCUGGUGCUGUGAAGCAACAGUGCUAACCACUGAGCCAUCAUGCACCUUAGUAUUAGUUAAGCCAUUCCAUCACGGUCACAGUAAAUUCUGGGCUCUUAACUGUUUUCUGUCUCCUUUCAGCAGUAAGCUCGGUUGAUUGUUUCUCAUAAUUAUUUGGAUCUCCAGGUGUUAGUUUGAGACAUUUUGAUCAGAUUACUUUGUAGUGAUCUUCACAUGCAGUCUGACUAACAUGAAAUUGUCUAUUUGGAGAAAUCAUUUUUCUGCUUCAGUUAUUAAUUUUGUGAAAAUCUGAAUGUAAAUGCAAUUGUAUUGAAAACCAUAAGCAAAAUAGAGUUAAUUGUAUUUUUGAGUUCCAAGUGCAUUUCUUCAUUUCCACAAUGAAUGUGGUUGAAUUGAAAACUAAUCUAUCCACACAAUCUUUCAGAUUUGUGUCUACACACUGAAAACAGAAAUGUGGAAAGCUUUUUUUUAACUAAGUGAUCAUCUGAAAUGGUCUAUGACAGAUGUGCUUUAAGAACUGUUCAAUCAUGGCAUCAGGAAAAAGCAAAGCUUUCCUUGUGUUCACAAUGUAAAUUUCAGGUUCAUUUUAUAACUUGUUACAUUUCAUGUCUGUUUCCUCAGUCUAAAAACUAAACAACCACUGAAUUGCUUACAUGGGAGCCUUAAGUACGAUAUUAUCAGUAAGUGAAUUACAUAACUCCUGUGCAACAUAAAAAGAAUAAUCGCUUGGGAUCGCAUUCAACUUGCAUAUGUGAAUAUGGGUCUGUAUUGUGCCUGAAGCAUGGAAUACUGUUUUAAUGUCGAAAGCUUUAUAUUUAUUAUGAUUUUUUAUAAGAAAGGACAUAAUUCUUUAUGCAUUACUGUCCAGCAGAAAUAGACUUUUGUUUGUUAUUCAUCAUUAGUCCUCAUGUUAAACUUGACGUUUUUUAAAAUUACUUGGUGAUGAUCUAUAAUUUAUGUCACUCAAUAGGAAUGGUGUCCUACAAAAGGUUGAAUAUGGAAUUGGAUGUCAUUCACCUUUUAGCCAUUAGAAGCAUUGAUCAUUGUGGAUGAACUGUAUUCUGUGCUAGAGAGUGCACUGAACAAAAGUAAUCUCCAGUAUCGUAGUAUGGAGGCUUGAUUGACAUGCUAUUAGUGGCAGGUCAGAUGUUGGUUUUAUCAGGUCAGUUAACUAAAAGAUUCAGUCUCCCAAAAACUAUUCCUAAGACUAUUUAUGACAUCAUCUAAAAUUUUCUCUGCAGUAUUUAUUCCAUUAAUGUUACUACUAUUUAGGGUUGUAUAUUUGUUGGAAGAACACAGCAAUUACCCCUUAAUAUUAAAGCACAAUAUUUUACCAUUGUAUGUCAAAAGGCCAUGAUGUUUAAAAUAUGUCAAUAGAGGGUCUUUUGAAUUGAUUUUUACUGUACUUUGCAGAUUUGCAAACAAAAAAGUCUUAAUAAACUGACUUUUCAAUCAGCCAUACUGCAGGCUAGUAUUGUUCCUCUUUAAGGAACAAUAGUUUUGUUUUGUAACUGUACAUUUGACUUUUCAUAGAUGAAGUUGGGACAGUGUCCACUGAUACUUUAUACACUUUCCAAUACAGUUUGUGCUCUUAAUGUGCAUUGCACUGUUGUAAAAUCUAUACAUUGUAAUAAAUGAUUAUUUGUCAUAAAAGACCAAUGAAUGUUUGGUAAAUAAUGCUUUAUAAUAGAUGAAUAAAUAAACCAAAUUGUUGUAAUUACACCCCAUCAAUCAUUUUCUGAGUUGCAGUUAAACUCCAGUCCCAUUUAAUUGUUUUGAUUAUGCUAUGGAAUGCUCUUUACAUUUUAAAAAACAAUUUCCUUCGGGAAAGGUCAAAA